AUGCCUCAUAAUACAAAACGCAAAGUAGUUAACAACUUAAAAUUAUGCCCCAAUUGCCUUUACAAUCAUCACGGUAAACCCUGCAUUUCAAACAAAAAAUGUCGUAUUUGCCAUAAUGAUCAUAACUCGCUGUUACACGAGGCAUUUACGUCACCUGGCCCGCACGUGUCGGUGCGAUCGUCAUCAAGUUCAACGCCCGGCUCGUCCGCCGCCGUCAUACCGCACAAUCAGCAAGUACAAAGCAGCAGCCAUGCACUUCAUGAUGACAUAUCAGAAAUUCUUUUACCCACUGCCCUCAUUCAAAUAAAAGGAAUUGAUGGUGAAUAUCACGUCAUGCGGGCCCUCUUAGACCAAGGGUCGCAAACAUCCCUUAUAACAGAGAAUGCCGCACAAUUGCUUAGACUCCCUCGCCAGCGGUGUAAAGGUGUGAUCACAGGCGUAGGUGCCAAGGAAAACAACUGCAAAGGGAUAAUUACUAUUGAAUGCAAAUCAUUAAAAACUGACUUUGAAUUUAAAAUAGAUGCAUAUAUUAUCAAAAAUGUAAUUAAAAAUUUACCAAGUUCAGCAUUCACGAAACCCGAUUGGCCAUAUUUAGAUCAUAUUUCUUUAGCGGAUCCUGAAUUCUAUAUAAGUCGUCCUGUCGAUAUUUUAUUAGGAGCAGACGUUUACUCACAUAUAUUAUUAGAUGGAAUAUGCAAAUCAGGCAAAAACCUACCUACAGCACAACAGACGGAAAUUGGAUGGAUAUUGAGCGGUAACGUGAAAACUCUACAGUGUAACGUUGUUAUUAAUAAUUUACAAGAAAUACAAACAUUUUGGGAGAUCGAGGAUAUAUCAGAAACACCAAAUUUAUCAUUAGAAGAUCAGGAAUGCGUCAAUUUUUAUAAAUCUACAACAAUACGACGAAGCGACGGACGAUACGAAAGCGCCACAGAGAGCAAUGACAAUAAUCAAGAAAAAUUCGAAUUUAAACAUACAGAAUCAACUAAAACUUUGGGACUUCGGUGGGACCCCGAAAAUGAUGAUUUUACUUUUCAAAUACAAACAACUUUUUCUUCAACACGGCCUACUAAAAGAAAUUUACUCUCGGAAAUUUCUCAAAUAUUCGACCCUUUGGGUUGGUUGUCAUCAGUUACUACAAAGUUUAAAAUUAUUUUUCAAAUGGUUUGGGAAACAAAGUUGCGAUGGGAUGACCCUAUUACAGAUACUAUUUUCAGAGAGUGGAAUUUGGCUAAAAACUGUAUUCAAGAUAUAAAUCAAUGUCGUGUGCCAAGGUGGCUCCAUACAAAAGAAAAUCAAGAAAUAGAAUUGCAUGGAUUUUGUGACGCAAGUACGAAAGCCUACGCUUGCGUUGUGUAUUGCAAAACAACGGGUCAAUCACCUACAAUCGUGUUAGUCGCCGUGAAAACAAAAUUAGCGCCCAUCAGCAAAAAACUUACUUUACCUCGACUUGAAUUAAGUGGGGCACUGUUACUGUCUAAAUUAAUUUUAAAAUUAAAAGAAUGCCUAAACUAUUAUGAAAUAAAAACUUAUUGUUGGGUUGACUCUCAAGUUGUGUUAGGGUGGCUCAAUGGAGAAGCAGAAAAAUGGAAGCCAUUCGUUGUCAAUCGAGUUAAAACUAUUACAAACUCAGUACCAUCUGAAUGCUGGAGAUACGUCAAAUCAAAAGAGAACCCGGCGGACUGCGCUAGCCGCGGUAUCACAGCAUCAGAAUUAAAAGAACAUUCGCUGUGGUGGCAAGGCCCAGGAUGGUUAAAGACGCAUGAAUAUCAAGAACAAAACCAAAACCAUACCUACACCACGAAUGAAGAAAAAAGAACAGCAAACAAAGUUUUAGCAUGGGUGCGAAGAUUUAUCAGAAAAGAAAGAGAAAACACGGAAUUUUUAUCAGUUAAAGAGUUGAAAGAAUCAAGAGAACAAAUUAUAAAGCAAGUUCAGCAAGAAGAAUUUUAUGAAGAAAUUAAAUGUUUGCAACAAGGCAAACUAAUUUACAAUAAAAGCAAAAUAUCAUGUCUCAACGCAAUGUUAGAUGAAAACGGUUUGCUGCGCGUGGGAGGAAGACUACGGCAUGCAGAUAUUGAUCCCGAAAUGAAGCAUCCCAUUAUCUUACCAAGCAAUACUCGAUUAGCAGACCUUUAUAUAGUGAUCAAGGAGAUUCCCAUUGUGACGUCAUAUCAAUCCAACUACAACUUGAGUACUCGGGAUUGGAAUACAAUAACCACCUGUUGCUUAGUCAACAUUCCGGCACGCGCUAAGACAAGCGCCGACGCCGCGGCCUUCUCAAUGGUGUCGGAUAUAUUGCUAACAGCCUGUUCGGUGUACUCGACGAUCUUUUCGCCGAACAAUAUAAACAAUGAGAAUCAUUUGGCUUUACUUCUAAAAAAUCAAACGUCUGUCUUAGAGGUUGAGUAUAAUAUUUUGAAGAGGAAUGAAGAAUCUCUCAAUAAACAACACAAAAUGCUCAAUCAGCUUUCCAUGAACCUUGAAAACUUAGAAAAUUUUCUAAAGAGUGAAUCCGCAAAAAAUGCUUUAAUUAAUGAAUUUAGUUUGGGUGCAAUAGCAGUGAGUAACAUGUUAAGGCAAUUAGAAACAAUGCAGACUACAUUAUUAAAUACCGUAAUAGACGUCUAUCAUGGCAGGUUCAAUUUUCAUUUGAUAAACCCAGACCAGCUAAGAAAUACACUAAGUACAAUAUCAAGUCAUCUCACUAAGGACGUUUCAUUACCUAUUAACAACCUCCAAACAGAUUUUACAAGAAUUUAUCAUCUAUUAAAGGUCAAAGCAAGGAUGUGCAGAGAAUAUCUAAUAUUUGAAUUAAAAGUUCCUCUAAUUACUCGGGACUCAUUCGAAAUCAUGAACAUUUUAUCAAUUCCUCGAGCUAUUAGUAACUCGAACAUGGCGAAAAUAAUACCCGUUGCGGAAGCGGACCACGAGGAUGGCGAAGUAGUGACAUACAACCGCGCGAUGCUGCCGCCGUACUACGCGCUGCUGCGCCUGUGCUGCCGGCGCUCGGCCGCCUUCGCACGCGCGCUCGCGCAGCACCAGAACAUACACUGGGCGUUCCGCAAUAUCGCGCCCCACGCGCAUCUCUACCCCGGCGCCGCGGACGAACUUCUGAGGUUAGCGCGUAUCCUGGCGGCGCGCGGCGGCACCGGCGGUGCGGGCGGCGGCGAGGGCGUGGACGCGCGCGAGGCCGCUGCCUUCAGGCGGAGCACGCUCUCUGCAUAUUUACAGGGUUUAAACGGACGAACGUGUUGGACGACUUUGAUAUCAGCAUUCUGCACGCUCGUCGAGAACGAGGACGAUAGACUUUAUGUAGUUUAUAAUGGAGGACUGCAGAUGACUUUUGAAGCUCUACACAGUCUCCACGCGGUGUACGUAGAGGGCGGCGCGGGCGUGGGCGGCGUGGGCGUGGGCGUGAACGCGAGCGGGGCGGUGCGCGCCGAGCUGGGCGCGGCGCUGCGCUGGGCGCGCGCGCUGUGCCGCACGCUGCGCACGCGCCGCGACGCCAAGGAGGCGCGCGCGCUGCUCCUCGCCUGCAAGGACUGGCCGGAGUGCGCGCGCCGACUGCUCACACUGCUCAACUUGCACCAGCGCACGCCCCGUCUGCCGCAUGCUGCUCUCGGUGUGCUCCGCGAGCUGGUGCUGAUCGGCGGCGGCGCGGCGCUGGGCGCGCUGGUGCCGCUGGCGGCAGGCGCGCACGCCGCCGCGCGCGCCGCCUCGCGCCCGCGCGUGCGCUCGCACUCGCACCCGCACCCGCACUCGCCGCCGCGCCCCGCCCUCUACAGGCCCUAUCACAAAUUUAUCGACACGUGCUGCCGCGUGGCGCGCAGCCAGCGCUGCAUGUCGGAGCAGCUCGUGCUGCUGUCGGCGCUGUGCGCGCUCGAGGCCGUGCCGCUGCGCUUCAAUUACUUCGCCGCCUUCUGGAGAGACGUUGCUGCGUCGCCGGCCGAUGCGAAAUUAGAAGAAAUGCUGUUAGAGUGCAGCGUAGUAGCGGAGUACGUGGACGCGGUGUUGCUCGACGAGCGAGAGUCGCUCGCGGACCCCGCCAUAUAUGACUUCAUGCAACAUUACUAUCCUAAACUGGGCGCCGCAACGAGUCCGAGCGCGUCGAGCGCGAGCACGGCGGGCGGCGGCGGCGGUGGCGUGGCGAUGGCGGGCGGCGCGGCGCGCGCGGCCGAGGCGCUGGCGGACGAGCUGGCGGGCAGCGCCGCGCGCGCGCCGCUGGCCGCGCUGCUGGGCGGCGCGCGCGCGCUGCUGCUGCUGGCUGAGCGCGCGCGCCCGCCGCCCGCCGCGCUGCACCGCGCCGCCGCCGCGCUGCACCAGCGACUCAUCAGACCCACCGAAGAGGAAAACGGUGAGACGGAAGCGAGUGGCGCAGCUAGCGAGGUUCGCUGCCCGUCCGUCGACGGCAGCGACGCGGACGAGCCGCUCGAGGAAUCGGACGAGUCUGAGGAAGCGGCGCCCGCGCUGCCGGAUCUGCUGCCGCUGCUGUCGCACGCGCUGCGCCGCCUCCACCAGUUGCAGCAGCCGCCCGAUGAC